AUGGAGGGCUGCAACGGAUUUGUCGGGCGUAAUGUUAGUUGCCGACAAAUUCACUUUGAGCGGUACCGAAAACCUUCUGUCAUCAGCUACCCGCGAGAUGCAGUUGUGUUAAAUCCCCACCACACCCAAGAGGCCGCACGCGAAGUGAGGGCGCACAACCACGCCGCCGAAGUGUCGUCCAUUGAGAGUGCAACGUCAGGAAACGACAACAACAACGACGUCGACGACGAUGACCCGCUCCGUCUCGAGGAGGAACUGAUGCUCUGCCGCAAUGAGCAGCUGCGUCAGUUGCUUCACCUGCGGUGGCGUGAGGUUGGGCCUAGCGGCCGCGGGCUGCUGAACAUGGGCAAUACAUGCUUUGUCAACAGUGUCCUGCAAGCCAUUGCGUAUACACCGGCUCUUGCGCAGUAUUUUGCUGGUAAUUUUAAGGCAUUGCGUUCACAUGCGGUGGGUGCACCAUACGACUACGCAUAUGCUCUGGGGGAGACGGUACGGAAUAUUCAUACUCCAUCUAAUCGGUCGUAUCGCGCAGACCUCAUUGUUUCCCACCUUAAAAGCCUCUCUCCUCACUUUAGACUUGGCCGGCAGGGCGAUGCCCACGAGUUUGUGGUGCACCUGUUGCAUGCUUGCCACCGAUCCAUUCUCUUCCACCAGGUUGGCUCACGAAAGGUGGGUCCUCUUAUUGAGCAGACGAACGCGUUGCAGCGCAUCAUUGGCGGGUACCUUCGUUCCGUGGUUGCGUGGAGCCGACAGGAAGAAAUUCAUCGCCUUGCAAAGGCAGGCAAGGUGCAGGAGGCGGCAGAUUUAAAAUUAAGUGGCCGAGGUCACAGAAGUGAUGUGUUGGUCUCCAAUACCUACGAUCCCUUUGUCACCCUUAGCGUGGAGGUGGUGGGGCAAACACUGAAUCACUGCCUAGCAAAACUCUGUCAGGAGGAACAGUUGGGCGGGCAUGCCUACAUUAGCCCGCGCGGUGUAGGCGUGAGUGCAAGGAAACGUUUCCAGCUUCAUAAGCUUCCACCUGUUCUUAUUAUUCACAUGAAACGGUUUAACUGCAUGGGUGCGAAAAUAAGUAGGUACGUUCAGUACCCAAAGCAGCUCAAUUUGGCCCCGUUUUGUACCGCGGAAGGGAUGGCAAAGACGGCAACUCGCCGUGGUACGGGUGACAGUGCACAGGACCUCUCAUGCCUGUAUGAACUGAAUGCCGUUUGCAUUCAUGAGGGAAACUCGGUUGCGUAUGGUCACUACUGGUCUGUUGUGCGUGCCCGCAAUGGAAUGUGGCUCUUAUGCAACGACGAAAGCGUCUCUCAUUGCGAUGAGGGCCGUGCGCUUAGGCAGCAGGCCUACAUGUUGUUUUACUCUCGCGUAGAGCCAACCUUCUCAGGUGUGACGCGUACGUGGAAGGAGGGUACACAUGCGUCGCAGCCGUUGGGCAAGCACCAUACUGCGAAGAGACCGGAGGCAGCACCAAUACGCAAGGCGUCGAUGGCGUCGGAGUUUGUGCGGGAGAGUGCUGAAAAGGAAAUUGGCCGUGAGUUGAGUGAGGAGGAGGUUGAACGGAUUAUGAAGGAGAAGGCGGCUGCCAAACAGCAGCAGCUAGAGGCGGCAAGUAAGAAGGAAGUUCUACAUCAUGACCACUCCAAUGGGCAGCGUGAGAAGUCCCCCGCUGCGUUGUCUGCUUACUCCUCCGACGACGAUGCGGGACAGCCGCGCGAGGGCGGCGACGCCUUUAAAGAUGUUGUUGCGUCCGUCUCAGCAGCCGCUAAGGGGUUGCAUGCUUCGCAGAAUGGAGGUGUCAGCUCACGCUACGGUGGCAUCAUAAAAGCUAUUCGACGCACCGCGCCAUCCGGCAUGGUUGCAGCAGCCAAAAAGACUGCAGGAACACAAGCGGUGGGUGACGCUGCAGAGGGGCAGCAGAAGGCGGAUGAAAUCGUCGGGCAGCAGGUGGUGGAAGGGAUGAAGCAGCAGCCCGUGCCUAGUACAGUUGUUCGGCCUCGACAUGCGCCAAAGUUCCGCCAGCGGGUGCGGGAUCCGAUGUGGGAGAGUGAGAUGGAUCGCGGACGGUUGAAACGUGUGCGGGCAAAGCGUGACGAAUACGUGGGUGAAAAUAAGUUCCAAACAGCAGAGAUUGCGUUUGACAGCCGCGGACGCCGACAUCGCAGCGAGUGA